GUUGUUGUUAUGCAAGAGACAUCAAAACAAACUGUCUCUUCUCCCGUGGCCGCAGGAUGAGAUACGGUCGAUCGCGCCUACCGAAACUGCUGAUUAUCUCGGUAUUCGGAAUCGGCGGUGGAUUUUACGUGUUUCAACCAACCUUCCGGCAGCUGCAACAACAACGCACCGGUACGACCGCCACCGAGCCAGCGGCUACUACCUCCAAAGGAACCAUGUCGAUGCCAGCUAUUACGCGCAUGUUUCAAAUGCUGAAGGGAUCUCCGGUGGCAGUCGUCGGUGGAACCAUUCUGGUGACGGGAUCGCUGCUCUACACGUACCGCGCUGUGUAUCGUCCGUUUAUUACACGACGUGAGCGGGCCGAAUCGGAAGCGAUGGCAAACUACAUUUUUCAAAUGGAGCAAUCCAAAGGGCAACGACAGACCAGUGAACACAGUUGAGCUGUGAUGAGGGUGAUGAAGAUUGGUUAAUAAAUUUAGUGAAGUACAUUUAACCAUAAA